GGCUACUUCCUCUCUAUGACCCCCCCCCGCCUGUUCCUACUUGGGGGAGAGUGUUUGUGCGUGCGGAGCGCGCGCAUGCGCGGUAGCCAGAGCAACAGAAGACGAUGUCUCGCAAGCAGGGGUCGAAGGCUCGGCCCGGGAAAGCGGAGACAGAACGUAAAAGAGACGAGCGGACGGCCCGGAGGGCGCUAGCCCGCGAGAGGCGGAACCGACCGCAGGCCCAGGGUGAAGGAGACCUGGCCGGGCAGCUCCAGACGCUCGGGCUGCGCCUCAGAGAAGUGCCGGGCGACGGGAACUGCUUGUUCCGGGCUCUUGGGGACCAGCUCGAAGGCCACUCCCGAGAUCACCUCAAACACCGCCAGGAAACAGUGGACUACAUGAUCAAGCAGCGGGAAGAUUUUGAGCCUUUUGUGGAGGAUGAUGUUCCUUUUGAGAAACAUGUUGCCAAUUUGGCACAACCUGGAACUUUUGCUGGCAAUGAUGCUAUUGUAGCCUUUGCGAGGAACAAUCAAGUGAAUGUUAUGAUCCACCAGGUCAAUGCCCCUCUGUGGCAGAUUCACGGAACAGACAAAAGCAAUGCACGAGAGCUGCACAUUGCGUAUCGGUACGGAGAGCACUAUGACAGUGUCCGAAAGAUUAACGACAAUUCUGAGGCUCCUGCCAGACUACAAACAGAGAUGCUGUGUAAAAAUCAAUCCAAUAAAAAAGAGAAAAUCCAGCUGAAGGAGGAGGCAGAAUCUGAAGGGGAGAUACAAGAUGAAAUUGAGGAUGCAGUCCAGAAAGUUCGGAAUGCAACUGACUGCCUGGAUGCUGAUUUAAUCAUCCGGAUCCUUGAAACGGAGGACUACAAUAUUGAAUCUACAAUAUUUGCUGUUCUUCAGAUAAAUGAAGUGAAAAGGCUCCAUGCUGAGGCAGCCCAAGAAACCCAGGAGGCAAACAGGCAGAAACAGCAUCCCAGGCCAGUCCUGUGGGAAGAGAAUGGAAGCGGCACCAGGAUUUUUGGGAGCCAGGAAAUAGGAAACAAGCCCCAGAUGAGCUCCGUGGAAGGAAACCAAGCCAGUAAAAAGCAGGCGCCAAAGGUAUCCAGCAAGCAAAAGAAGGAGCAGCAGCGGCUCGAGAAGAAGCGGCGGCAGGAAGACAGGCACCGGCGAAAAGUCCUGACAGGCAAGAGCAACCUCUUGGACAAUAAUAAAAACGCGGCAGAGUCUGAGUCGCAGGUCACCCUGGUGAAGACCUUUGCGGCUCUCAGCAUUUGAUCUAAUGGUCUUUCCCCUUUUCUGAUACAUGGGGAAAGAUAAAACUAUGGGUGCUGAACUUUGCACGCAAAACCACCCUCUUAAGAGCGAAUUCCUCACUCCUGUCGGUCUUUGUAAGCAGAGGUAUCUACUAGGCUCUUUUAAAUUGAUGGUUAAACAGAUCUUUGGUCACGCACAUAAACUCUGGCACAGGAGGGCUGAGCAGGUAUGAUGCUGGAGCCUGGACCACAGAGGCAUUUGACACAAAUCCCCCGUUGUGGAUCCCAUCACUGCAGAUCUCAUGGAACUUGCUUCCAAAUCUUCAAUAGCUGGCUCCCAGUUUGUCUUAUUUUAAAUGACAACCUGCAGCAGUGUUAAAAAACGUCUUUAAUCAGAGAUACCUCCUCCGAAAAUCAAUAGGAAAAAAACUGUUCCCAAGUCAGAUCCCAAAGUGAGAAGUAUCUGCCAAAGUUUCUACUGAGCCUGUCAGGCUGUUGCUUUUCUCUCUCCCCCAUCCCCCGUUUCAAUAUUGUUAAAUUCUACACAACGAUCAACCUUGCAUUUCAGCAUAUGGAAAUAAUGUUGGCUUGUGGGUGGAGGUGCAAAGUAGCAAAUUCUAUACAAACAGGAGAAGGUUAAGUGCACCAUCGACCUAUCCGUAACAGGGUUUGUAAGAUACAUUACUCGUUUGCAGCCCCAUCAGAAAAGGGGAGGUCUGCUUCUCUCUAACUCUUGAAUCUAACCUAGAAGAUUAGAUUGUUCUGAACCGUAAAUGUAAUGAGAUGUGACCAAGGGGCUUUGUCACCUACUGUCAGUGAUGCCUUCCUCAGGUAGGUACAAUUGUGCUACAGCACCCAGUAGGCAGCUGUUCACUGUUAUGGCCUUGUAGGGAAAGAACCAGAUAUUGGAAAGCGCCUGUCCUUGUGAGAUUUUAAUCCUGCCCCACUUACGUGGUGGAACAUGCUCCUCCUAUAGAGAUGGAACAAGACAGGGAUGGGAAAGUGAGUGUGUUAGGUAUGAAGUGGCUGAGCAGAGCUUCCGAAGUUGGCUUCUAAAGUGUGGCUACUUCACUGAGGAGGGGGGUAAAAUGGGCAACACCCCCCCCACAUACACAAACACAGUGCAAGCUAGUAGUGUAUGAUACAAGCAAGGCCAACCAAAAUUGUACUUUCAUCUUCUGAAUGUUACGGCCUUCGUCCAAAGACACUAGCAACUCAAAGUGCCUCUUUCUUCUCAUGUUAGAUUUUUAGACUCAAAUAAUUAUGAUGGUAAACGUCCAAGGCAUGUUAGUUCCUUAUUUUUGUUCCUUGAAAAAAAAUUGUCUUCCUCCCUGGAGAGUGUUGUUACGUUAAAAAAGGCAAAUUCCAGCAGUUAUUGCAGGGGUGGGGAAGCUGUUCCCUGCCCCCCCCCAGCAAGCUGCUGUCAGAUUCCAACUCCUACCAUUCUGGACCAUUUCCCAUGCUGACUGGGGCUGAAGGGAGUCCAACAACAGCUGGAGGGCCACAGCUUUCCAUCCCUACAUUCGCUGAUCACAGUGGAUGGAAACUCAAGGAGCAAUAUUAGACUAGAGUGUGCAUGUUUGCUUUUUUAAAAAAUAUAUUUAGUGUGUAAUCUAGAGUUGCCAUAAAGAAUGGAUCUAGUGUAUCUUCAUUGAUUGAUUAGAAGGAGAAUUCUGGGUGAAUGCAAUUUUUUCUCAUCCUAGUUCUAUAGCAGUGGGAAAAUGUGACCUGACAUUGGUUUGGGAGUAGGGUUUUGGUGCCUCUACAUAAGAGCCAAAGGAGGGAUUUAUCCAACUUGUACUAGAAAAUAUGCCAUUCAGCUGGAAGAAAGGGGGAGCAGAAGCUUAGGUCAGAGUCUGAUUGGGCCUCUGGUAGGAGCAUUCAGCAUCAACCUCGCUGGUGUCCUCCAGAUAUUUUGUACUGCACCUCCCAUUAGCAUGCUGAUGGGAGUUGUAGUCCAAACUAUCUGGAAUGCAGCAAGUUGGUGAAGGGUGCGCUAAAGCAAGUGGUGGCACUUGCCCUUGAAACAGAAACUCAGGCCAGAGCUGUAGAUCAUGGGUUCAUCUGUGCCCUCAAGCCAGGUUGAUAGGCCAGCUUUAUGGGUUUUCUCCUUGCAGUUAGUUACACAGUGCCACCUAUCUGGCCAGCUGUUCAGCAACCCCACCAACCUUUUCAUUUGAUAACAUAAAGUAUGGACAAUCAUCUUGGUUCCGAUAAAGGGAGGUGUAGUAGUGGUUUAAGCCUGUUGGGGGUCAUAAAGCUAUUUGAUGGAGUACUGGAGGGGCAGAAGUUCCAUAUGUUUGUGGUUAUCAAAAUAAACUUAUCCUCGUUGAGGCUGUUGACCAGUUAAA